UUGGCGUGUCGGAGGAAGGGAGGUACAUCCUCAUUGUCUGGGUUUGUUUGGAGCCUAUCCGUGUGGAUGUGGGAGCGGAUCCCGGUUGGACGGCCCGAUUUGAAGAACCCCCUCAUGGCAAACCCACAGGGUAAUCAUGACGGGUUGCAUGAUGAUGAUGAUCCAUAUCGGCGCCCUACGCUUGCUUACUAUUGGGAACAAGUGACAGUCUACACAGGAAGCUCGCAUGUGCGAUACAAGUGCUAUAUGAACGAGCUGGACACCUUGACUGCUGAGCAGGUACAUUGGUUGCCUUAUGUGGAAGAUCGUGACUUUGAUCUUAAUGAGAUGUGCACGCGUGAUAGCCAUCUUUGGCGGGCGAGGUGCCCAAUGAUAUGCUUCUUCGCAGUCGAGUGGCACUUUGUAGACCGUGUGGCAAGACAAUUUGGAAAAAGACAAGGUAUUCCAAUUGAGGAGAGCAAGGAGGAAAUGCUAUCUCUGCAUUGGUUCGAUCGAAGGAACAAUCAGGAUAUAUCGGAUUGGGCAAACAAACACCGUGCGUGGAUAGAAAUUUGGAAUCAAAGAGACACGUUAGUGCAAUCAGAGAAUAGACCUCACAAUCAGUCAGCAUAUCAGAAGUAUCAAGUGUGGUAUGCGGAUCGUUACCAGUUAAAGCUGAAGCCAGGUUGGACUCACGAGGAGUGGUCGGAGUUGGUGUCUGAAGACCCGGAGACUGCAGAAGGUUAUCAUACCUUCAACACGGCUGCGAGAGACACCAGAGGCGGAGGAGGCUAG